AGAUAAGAGAGGGUAUAAGAGAUUUGACAAUAAGAAAGGAAACAGCUCUAUGCACAGAGAGGCCUAGACACCACUGAGGACAGCUCUGACUUCAUCUGGAUAAAGGAAGGAGUUCGCAUAAGAACCAGGGGCUCUGAGGUGCUUGCUUAGAGACGGAAAUACCUGAGAGCUCUCCCCUCCUCUGCUGUGUUUCAGAGCCAUGAACCUGGUAGGAAGAAUCUUGGCUCUGGGCUGGAUGACUACCGUCUUGGUGGUACAGAUGUCUGUGGCAAAGCACUCCAGGUGGUCACUGAAUACCAAGCGCCGGGUGUUGUGGGAUUUGAGUGCCACGGAGCUGGAGCGUGUGCACGACUUCCUGAUGAGCAGGAAGGAGCUGGAGCUGCAGCCAUCCACAGUACUGACUUUGGCCAAGAACUCCGUGUUCCUCAUUGAGAUGCUGAUGCCCAAGAAGUACGAGGUGCUGGCUUUCUUAGACAAAGGAGCCAUGCCUCCUUUGCGGGAAGCCCGUGUCCUGAUUUACUUUGGUGCCCAAGAGUACCCCAAUGUCACCGAGUAUGCUGUGGGUCCCAUUGAACAGCCCAUGUACAUGCGAAAACUGAACCGCAAGGGAGGCCAGGAGCUGUCAUGGGCAUCCAGACCCAUGUCCAAAGUAGAGUCUGCCCUCCUCUUCUACACCCUGAAGACAGCCACCAAGCCCUUACAAGAGUUUUUCUUUGAUACCACUGGCUUCACACUGCAGGACUGCAAUGGAGGCUGCCUGACCUUUACCAAUGUUGGCCCUCGUGCUAUGACAUUUGGAAAGCGCCAUAGCUGGUUUCUUUUGCAACGCUUUCUGAAUGGCCACGACCUGCAGCCCACAGGUCUGGAGAUCCUUCUUGAUCAUGGGAGCACAGAUGUCCAGAACUGGAGGGUGGAACAGCUCUGGUAUAACGGCCAGUUCUACAACAGUCCAGAGGAACUAGCUUGGAAAUAUGCAGAGGGAGAAGUGGACACAGUGGUCCUUGAGGAUCCACUGCCCAAGACUACAGAGGAGUCUCCACAGUUCUCCACCUACAAGCCCCAUGCUGAAUUCCUCGCGCCCAUCAGCAAGGGUGGCCCUCAAAUGGCCCAGUCCCAUGCUGAAUUCCCCAUGCCCAUCAGCAAGGGUGGCCCUCAAAUGGCCCAGCUCCGUAAUGAAUUCCCCACACCCAUCAGCAAGGGUGGCCACCUAAUGGCCCAGCUCCGUGAUGAAUUCCCCAUGCCCAUCAGCAAGGGUGGCCCUCAAAUGGCCCAGUCCCGUGCUGAAUUCCCCACACCCAUCAGCAAGGGUGGCCACCGAAUGGCCCAGCUCCGUGAUGAAUUCCCCAGGCCCAUCAGCAAGGGUGGCCCUCGAGUGGUCCAGCCAUAUCCUGAAUUUCCCAUGCCCAUAAGCAAGGGUGGAUUUCAAGGGGUUCAGCCCACUGUUCCCCACUACAGACUAAAUCACAACACUGUGCUCUAUGGGGACUGGAGCUUCUUCUUCAAGCUGCACUCUUCCUAUGGGCUUCAGCUCUUUAAUGUGCACUUCAGAGGUGAACGCAUCGCCUAUGAGGUCGGUGUGCAAGAGGUGAUGGCACUGUACAAAGGACACAAGGCUGCAGGCAGGGAGACCAAGUACAUGGAUGUGGGCUGGGGGCUGGCAGGCAUUACUCACCAGCUAACUCCUGGCAUUGACUGUCCCCACCAAGCUACCUUCCUGGACGCCAUCCACUACUACGACAGUGACGGUCCUGUUCUCUCUCAGCGAGCCCUCUGUAUCUUUGAACUGCCCAUGGGAGCUCCCCUUAGACAGGACUUCAGCUCCAACUUUAGAAAUAGCUUCAGUUCCUACGCCAGGCUGAGUGGCCCUGUGCUGGUUCUGAGGACAGCAUCGACCAUCCACAACCAUGAUUACAUCUGGGACUUCAUCUUCCACUCCAGUGGCAUGAUGGAGGGCAAGAUGUAUGCCACCGGGUAUGUUCAUGCCACUUUCUUCACCUCAGAAGGGCUGCUCUACCGCAGGCGCCUGCACACCCACCUACGUGGAAAUGUCCACUCCCACCUAGCGCACUAUCGCCUUGACCUGGAUGUGGCAGGUACCAAGAAUAGCUUCCAGACAUUGAAAAUGAGACUGGAAAACACCAUCAACCCCUGGAGUCACAGAAGCCGGCAGGUCAAGCCCAUCCUUGACAAGACCCAGUACUCCUGGGAGCGCCAGGCUGCCUUCCACUUCAGGCAGACUCUGCCCAAGUACCUGCUUUUUAGCAACACUGGAAAAAGUGUGUCGGGUCACAGCCGCAGCUACCGCCUGCAUAUCCCCUCAGUGGCUGAGCAAAUGUUGCCUCCAGGCUGGCAGUAUUCCCCAGCUUUCACGUGGCCCAGGUACCAGCUGGCAGUGACUAAGUACCAGGAGUCUGAGCGGUUCCACAGUACUCUUUACAACCAGAAUCACCACUGGGCUUAUCCUAUGGUCUUUGAGAACUUCAUUCACAACAACGAAAACAUUGAAGAUGAGGACUUGGUGGCCUGGGUGACAGUCGGCCUCUCACACAAUCACCAUUCUGAGAAUGGCCCCAGCAUGGCUACACCAGGGAACUCCGCAGGAUUCUUGCUCCAGCCAUUUGAUCUCUACAACAGCUUCCAGAGAUAUACAGCCUCUCCGAUUCACGCCCAGUGUGUGUGCUGAUUCACUGCAUCGCCGUCUAUAGCAACAGAAGCCUGGGGACAGCUGACUUUCCAUCUGUAGUGAAGAAUAGCUCAAUAAACGAGGGCACUGCACUGCUGUGGUGCCAGAUGAUGAAA